AUGGGACCAAAAUCUCUGGCUGAGCAAAUUGCUGAGCUCGACGAUCCCACUCCCAAAGAUUUUGACCCUGAGGACUUGGAUCGCGGUGGACCGGAAAGUGACGACGAGGGUGGUCAAGACGUGGAUGAGAAUGCCGGUCGAGAGCAUUAUCAAGCUGUAGGCAAAGGAAAGCUUCGGAAGCCGGGCCCGAUAAAUCUGGGGAAACAGUAUGCGGGAUCAAAGGUCAGCAGAGAUGAGCUCGAAGUCGAAAGCGACGACGAUCCGUUCAAGGCCCAUUCCAGCGACGAAGAGGACGAUAGCGAGGACGAUGAUGACGAACAGUGUCUCGAGUUUGGAAGUGACGACGAGGAGGUGUCUGAAGAAAGCGACGAGGAUAUUGCCAGAAAGCCCAAGAUAUCUGGGGAAAAGGUAAAACGGCAAAAGGAUCCCGACGAUAUGGAAACCGAUGGGUCAGAAGAGAUUGACGGGAGCGAGGAGGACUCGAAUGAAGAUUUUGACGACGAGGACGAAGAUCUUGACGAAGAUCUUGACGAGGAUGAGGAUGAAAACGAGGACGAGGGCGAUGAUGACGAGGAAGAAAAUGCCAAACCCUCCAAACAUCGCGUUAAAUUUGACAAAACCCCAACAUCCAAAUCCGAUGAUCGAGAGGAACUGCGCAGACUGAUGGCCACGGACCAAAAGACCAUCGCAGCGACCAUCUCGCAAGCAGCCAAAUCCGACGCAACCAAAGGAAAGGCAGUCAAGCAGCAACGGGCGACAUUUGACGCACUUCUCAAUACCCGUAUCAAGCUGCAGAAGGGUCUGACCGCCAUAAAUCAGUUGUCUUUCGCAGCCAAGGAAACGGAGGAUGUCGACGGAAGAGCCAUCAAGUCUGCUGAGUCGGCUGCCCUGGCGCUCUGGUCUACGCUGGAGGACUUGCGGCUUGCUCUUGCGGAUGCACAUUCUCAAGACGAGUCGAAGAAACGAAAGAGACCGGCUGCUGCUGCAUCCCCCACCACGUCCUCGGUCUCGCUAUGGAAGCGCAUGACAGAUCUCGAGUCCGACUCAAGUACUCAUCGUCGAGCUGUCCUGGAUAAAUGGUCGCUUAAGGUCCGUGGCUCCAAUGCUACCACCCCCAAUGCACGCGGCAAACUUCUGGGCUCCGCGGCCAGCGGUCAACAGGCUAUCACCGCUGUUCUGGAUGCACAGGCCGCAUCCGAAACCGGUGACCGUACGGCUAAGCGUUCUCGUACAGUGAACAGCCGUCCCUCUGGGGCCAACGAUGACUACGAGCCCAUAUACGACGAUACCAUCUUUUACCAGUCUCUGCUGCGGGAUCUCGUUGAGCAGCGCAUGUCCUCUUCGGAUGCCAUCACUAAUGGCGUUGACACCCUGCAUAUUCAGCUUCCCUCUCGUCUUUCCGUCCAUCCAGUGACUGGAAUGCGCAAGGACAAGGUCAAGAGGGAUGUCGACACUCGUGCAUCCAAGGGACGUAAAAUGCGCUUCGAUGUCCAUGAGAAACUGCAGAACUUCAUGGCGCCGGAAGAUCGGGGCUCUUGGACCAGCCACGCACGGGAGGAGUUUUUUGCGUCUUUGCUUGGAAAGACGGCUAGUGGAUUACUACGGGAAGGCGAUGAGGAGGAGGAUGGCAGUGAUGUCGAGAGCGAUGAGGAUCGUGAGGAAGGCGGACUGAGGCUCUUCAGGAGCUAG